AUGUCUGAACAGCAUAACGUUCCUCUUUCACCGCAUAUCUCUUCUCCUCAAGAACUAUCUCGGGAAGAUUCAUCCCCUACAAUUGAACUUAUCUCCACCGAUAUCGCGGAAACUGAUCAAGUUAUUAUUACUGCAACCAAGGAAGUCCCUAUUCUUGUCGAAUCUAUUACGGAAAAUUUAUUAUUACCCCCUCUUCCUUCCAAUCAACCUUCAUAUUGUGCUCUCGACAGUAAUGAACGAGCUAAGUACAAAGCCCGAGAAUUAAAAUCGGUAAAGCUUGACGCCGAAGGUGAAUAUAUCAGAUUGGUCGCUCGAAGUUGUCAUGAUAAUCAAUUAAAUCAAUAUAAUCAAGUCGGUAUUGUAGCUAUAACCGUUAUGGGUGCACCGGUCGAUUAUUUACUCGCUGGCGAAAGUCAAAAGAUUCCAAUAGAACAUGUUGACGAAGGUCUGUCACGUGUAGCUUCGCCCGAUAUUUGUAUCCUCCCUGUCGUUCAAGAUGACUCAUUGAUCGGCAGUAAUCCAAACGAUCAUCAAAAUGAUCAUCAAAAUUUCACCUCUUUAUAUUCCAUUCUCCCCAAUUCUUCAUCAGAUAUGCCGCCUGUAAGUCCGACCUCUUCAAACAAUUUCUUGUUGAACGCUAAAGCAACUGCGGGUUUGCUUUCUGCUUUUGAAAGGGCGAAGCAAAACGCUGUCAAAGUGGAAGAUUUCCGUUUGGCCAAAGUGUUAAAAUAUGCAAUUGAACUAAUAAAAAAGUCAGCAGAUGAUGUUAUUAGACUUGACUUACUAAAAAAGCGCGCUAUUGGCGAAGAAGAUUUUGAUAAUGCUGAUAAGUACAAGCGUGAAAUCGAAGCUAUUAAAACGUACAUAUGUAACUAUUUAGAAGAAGAAGGUCUAGAUCUUGAUGAUUCAGGCGAAGUAAUUGUACUAGAUGCAAAUCCUGAAUUGGCAGACAUAAUCGGAUUAGCUGAUGAUGUUUCUGAGAAUGGUCGUAAACCUUACAAUGAAUAUGUUCCUUAUAUACCUGGUGUACCUGGUGUACCCGGUGUACCUUCCGGAGGUGUUUAUCAAGAAAAACAUCAUGUCCCUGUCGGUUAUAUAGAUGUUCCACGUCAAAAAAGUCGUUCAAGCAGUAAUUCUUCAAUAACUAGAAUGUCUAAUUCUAGUGUUGUUCAUCCUCCACCAACUUUACAUAUUCCGAUAAAUCAAAUAGAUAGUAGUAGUUCUUUUUCAAUUGAUAGGCCUCAUCAUCCUGAACCUGUAACCCCUACUACACCAACGAUUGAUCAAGUUCAAUGGGAACCUUCUUCUGUUGAUGAUCGUCCUUUACCUGCUUUAUCUAAGGAUAAUCAUGAUCCAAUACCUACAUCACCUUUAAAUGACCCUAAUGAAAAUCAACCUGAAGAACUUUCUGAUUUAGCACGUUCUGCAUUUGAUUAUUCAAUACAAAACUUUGGAGAAUUUGAUGUUGCAUGUCUUUUAUCAAAAAAGUUUCCUUUACGUGAAUCUGCUUUAGCUAAUAUUACAAAAAGAAUCGAUAUAGAUCUUGAUGCUACAUUCCAAAUUAUUCAAGAAGCUUUAGAUGAUAAUCCUGAGAAACUUACUUUACAAGCAUUAAAUCUUUGGGAAGUACUUACAAAGUUUUGUGUUCAUCAUCAAGUACCAACAUCAUCUACAUGGAAAUCUGUUGAAAAAAGAUUUUCACAAUUAUUUGGAAAGAUAUCAGAUUCAAAUUCACGUAUAAAACAAAGUGCAAUAAAUUUAUUUAUCUUACUUGCAAAAACAUAUAAUGGUCCUAUCCAUUCAAUGACAUCUUUGGUUCUUAAACCUGCUAAAUUUAAUAAUCAACCGGCAAAACAUUCAAAAGCUAAAGUAGAACUUGUAACGCGAUUAGUAGAAGAAUUUGGUAUUGCGUUAGACCCUCCAAAAGGAAAAUCUGAUAAAGAUCUUGGAUUGAAUCUUGAGUCUGUCAUGCAAGUCUCUAAAUCUUAUUUGAAUAAUAAUAAUGGCGAAGUUCGUGAUUCCGCCGUAAAAUUAGUAGUUGAAGUUGUUAAACGUGUUGGUCGAGAAAAAGUUGAACCUUUCAUUAGUGAUAUAAAACCAAUACUUUUAGAAAAUAUUUGGAGUUUGGUUACUGAAUAUGAAGAAACUACUGGAAGAACAGCAGGUCAAGUUCCUUCUCCUCCUCCAUCUCCUAAGGUCGUUGCAGAAAAAGAAAAGCAAGAAAUUAAAGACCUUGAAGUGAAUGAAGAAUUGUUAAAGAUUCCACUAGCUAAACGUGGAACCGUCACACGACUUGAACAAGAAUUAAUGGAAUUAAAAUCAAGAUUUAACAACACGAAUAAUUUUAUCAAAGAUGAUUAUAAUAAAUACAUUGCAAAUUCGUCCAAAAAACUUCAGGAACCUGAAGAAGAAGCUCUAGAGUUAACUGAACAAGAGUUAAGAGAAUUAGAAGAAUUAGAAGCAGAGGAAGAGUUAUUACGGAAAAAAGCUGAAAAUGUCCCUGAUAAUUCCGAAGUUCCUCCAAAAGAUAAACCAUCCACAAAAAGCCCUGCAAAAACUGGAAACAAAACUGCACCUGUUCCUGGAAAACUAAGUGCAAAAAGAUCAAAAAAUGAUACUGUACCACCAAAAAAGAAUAUAAAAAUUGUACCUAAACCUGGUUCAUCUCGACGCGAAUCAACAACUGAAGAAAAAAAGCCCCCAAGAAAAAAUUCUUCUAAAUCCAGUGAUGCUACUUUAUGUGAAGAACCUGAAGAAAUGGUCCCUGCCGCCCCUGCCGAAGGAUCAAAAGGUGAAAGAAAUUGCAUCUUUUGUGAUGAGUACAACGAAAAUUUCACAGAAGAAAAUUUAGUGAAUCAUUAUUGGACUGAAUGUCCGGUAUUGACCAAAUGCCGUUUAUGUAAUAUAAUUCUUGAAAUUUCUACUCUCGAUGAUCAUAUGCUAAACGAUUGUGAUAAAAACAAAUUUGUUAAACAAUGUCCUACCUGUCGUGAAGUCAUUAAUGCUGAAGAUUAUCUAGCACAUAUCAACAAAAAAACUUGCUUGCCUGUCAGAGAUGAUAUUGUUCGUUGUCCACUUUGUAAAACAGUAAUUAAACCAGCGACCGAAGAAGGUUGGAAAUCACAUUUAUUAAAUUCUAAUGGAUGUCCAAAGAAUCGUAGAAAGCCAAACAAUAAGCCUGAAGUUCCUUCAACGGAAAAUGCAGCUCCUAGUGGUAAAAAACAAACAGUGAAAAAAUCUACUGAAGUUGGUUCCAAAUCAUCUGUAGCUUCUAAAGCUCCUAGUAAAAGUAAAGUUACAACGUCUAGUGGUAGUAGUAAAGACAAAUUAAAGAAAUCCGCAACAAAAUCCUCAAAGAUCAGAAAGUAA